UUUCAUUUCUAAUGAUAAAAUUGUUUCCCCAGAUAUGAACUCCACAACAGACCCAUUUGACACGACGUACAAGAUAAACUCGGCUGCCCCAGUUAGAGACUCUUUUCCCAUCGCCUUUACUAAAAACUUCAUUGCUGUGCUGGUAUGGCUCAUUCUCAGCUACAUCAGUGGGUGUGUUGUAGUCACGUUCUUCAGAAACCAGACGUUUUACGAGGAUCCGCGUUAUAUCCUGUUCAUUCACAUGAUCAUCAACGAUGCAGUGCAGCUGACUGUUACCAUCAUGCUACAUGUGCUGAGUUACAUCUUCUACAAGAUCAAUGUGUCAUUUUGCUGCGUUUUCAUCCUACUUGCUGUCUUCACUACGAGAAGCACCCCUCUGAACCUGGCAGGCAUGGCCAUCGAGCGUUACAUCGCCGUCUGCCACCCCCUGCGACACUCCCAGAUCUGCACUGUGCGCCGCACCUACGUCCUCAUUGUCCUCAUCUGGGUGGUGUGCAUCACCCCGGACAUCACAGAACUCUUCGUCACCUUGGCAACGGAACCCAACAGCUUUUUCCACUCUGCUGUCUUCUGUCUCCGCCAGAAUGUUUUCAAAGACCCAAGUCUGACCUAUAAAAGACAAGCAUUUGACAUUCUGUACUUCCUGUUUGUGUUCCUCACCCUGGUGUACACGUACCUGCGGGUGCUGUUUGCAGCCAAGGCGCUCUCUGCUGACAAGCUGGGUGCUAAACGGGCGAGAAAAACUAUCCUCCUGCACGGGGCCCAGCUGCUCAUGUGUCUGCUGUCCUACAUCAACCCCUCCAUAGAGAUUGUGUUGCUUAUGAUCUUCCCAGGACACAUUUUAGCAAUCCGCUACAGCACCUUCUUAAUUGUCUACAUUCUCCCAAGGUUCUUAAGCCCCAUUAUUUACGGGGUGCGAGAUGAGAAGUUCAGGAGAUACCUGAGCAGGUAUAUCAUCUGUGGUCAAUGCAGGGUCCCAGCAGUGAAAGAGCACCAGGAGAGACGAGUCACACCUGGAAACACACAGUAGCCAGCAAGGGUCUGUGCAGUCUGGCUGGAUCACUAGAAGCAAUAUGACGUUAACAUAAUCAAUUGAUUUUCACUUUCAAAAAUACAACAAAACUUCCUUCAUAAGAUAUU